AUGGUCAAUUUGUUGUCCUUAUCAGCACUGCUCGUGCUAGGAUGCAGUCCUCGCUCCGUGCUCGCAACCACCACCGACAAUGGAGAGUCCGUCCUUCACAGCGAAGCUAGUCGCGCAAACAACCAAAGCCUCUUUUGGGGUCCCUACAAACCCAAUCUCUAUUUUGGCGUGAGGCCCCGCCUCCCACAGGGCCUCUGGACUGGCCUCAUGUGGGGGAAGGUGAACGACUUUGAGAGUAUUCGCGACUGUAUCUUCCGUUCUCUAGCUUUCCGAUACACCUGCGAGCAACAUGAAGGCCUAGCUGGCUAUGGCUGGGACGAAUAUGAUAUCCGCCGAGGAGGCGUCGAAACGAUCCACGAUGUUGCGAAUCAGCUCGACUUGACCGUAUCCUUUGUCAAGGUUCUGGCGGCGCCCACGGAGGUCAAGACGGAAGGGGAGCCUACCGGCUUUGAUAGCGACGUGGCGUUCUCCGGAACUUCAGAGAGCCUCGGUGACUAUAAAAUUGUUGUCACCAAGGGAGACGGAGACCACCCUACGAGCGAUCACGAUCUCGUUAGUCUUCGACAGCCAGACAAGACGACCGUCCGGUCAGCCGCCAUCCCCGACGAGGUGCUUUGGCAAGCCAAGGCUGUUGUCUUUAAACAUCUGUCCAACGGUAUUGCUGAGGUACAAGAAAAAUAUGAGCCGGAGCAGGGACCUCCGCCAUUCCUCGUGUACCAACUCGCGAACAGCCCCGGCUCCGGCAAUUUGCAUAUUGUGCAAAAGAUCUUUGAGGGGCCUUUUGAGUUUGACGUCUUGUUCUCGUCAGAUUCCGCUGGCAAGGAGCUUACCCAAGCCGAUCUCACAGCCCAGAUUACGGCCAACAGCGAGUCGUUUCAUGACAAGUUUUCCCAGAUCUUCGAGCUCAAGGCCCCCUUCAAGGACGACAAGUACCAGGUGUUUGCCAAGACCAUGUUUUCGAAUCUUGUUGGCGGGAUUGGGUACUUCAAUGGAUACCAUCUUGUAGACCGUUCUUACGCUUCCGAGUACGAAGAGGACAGCGAACGUUUCUGGGAAGAGACAGCAGAGGCUAGGGCGAGGAAGCAGGAAAAGCUGGAGGGGCCUUACGACUGGUUCAACACCAUGGAUGAUGACGGCUGGAUCGCCCGUGAGCAAAUUCUCGGCCCCGAGCCUCGUAGCAAGGUGCCAGAGGACUUCCAGCCCCUCGAAAGCGCCCAUCUGGAAUUCCCCGAGCUUGGCGAAACCUAUCUACGAUCCAUUUACCCUCAGCUCCGCCUUCACUACGACUGGUUCCGCAAGACGCAGCGAGGAGAUGUCAAAUCGUACGAUAGAGAGGCUUUUUCGACCAAGGAAGCCUACAGGUGGCGAGGACGUAGCGAAACCCACUGUCUGACAAGCGGUCUCGAUGAUUACCCGCGCCCUCAACCGCCCCACCCUGGCGAGCUGCAUGUCGAUCUCAUGUCAUGGGUUGGCUUCAUGACCAAGUCCCUCAUGAACAUUGCUGACGCGCUUGGCAUGGCGGAAGAUGUCGAGGAGUACAAGAAGAUCAGCCACGCCAUCGAACGCAAUCUCAACGAUCUUCACUGGUCCGAGAAGGAUGGAUGCUUCUGCGAUGCGACCAUUGAUGACUUCGAAGAGCAUACGUUGGUGUGCCACAAGGGUUACAUCUCCCUGUUCCCCUUCCUUGUCGGCCUGAUGAAGGCGGAUGAUGCCAAACUCGGCAAGAUUCUAGAUUUGAUUGGCGACGAAGAGCACCUUUUCAGCCCUUAUGGGCUCCGCAGCUUGAGUGUCAAGGAUGAGUUUUACGGCACCGCUGAAAACUACUGGAGGAGCCCGAUCUGGAUCAACAUCAACUAUCUCGCGAUCGUGCAGCUUCAUGAUCUCGCCUUGCAAGAUGGCCCUUUCAAGGCCAAGGUCACGGAACUGUAUAGGAAGCUGCGGAAGAACGUGGUGGAUACCGUUUACAACUCGUGGGUGGAGACGGACGGCCAGCAAAACUCGAACCGCGCCGAGGUGAGACCAGGAUAG